AAUCAUGUUGACUGAAGCCUACUCGUCUCCCUAUUACUUGAUGCUCUACUACGGCAACGGAACAAACACUGGAGCACACAGUCCGUUCAAUUUCUUCCUGCUGCAACUUUCGCACGAGUCCAAUGCCACAGUCUACGAGAAUUUGAUUUUGGAAUGGAUCGAUAACAUGCCUGAUGAUAGCUGGCCCAACUGGGUGAUAGGUAACCAUGACAACCACAGGGUAGCGACUCGACUGGGUGAAGACAUGGUGGAUGCUAUGGCGAUGCUAUCCAUGCUGCUGCCUGGUACGUCUGUCACCUACCAGGGCGAGGAGCUAGGACAACCUGACACUCUCAUACGGCGAGACCAGAUCAAAGAUCCCAACAACAACGGCUUGGGUGUGCUCGAUGUCAGGGACCCUCAGAGGGGUCCUUUUCUCUGGAACGACUCAGAAAAUGCUG